UGGGUGCCUGUCAAUCCCUAGCAAAGAGUAAGAGGACCAGAAUGACCAUAGGGCAAAGUCCAAGGCCUGCAGCCUAGGCUCUCUGGGGCUUUUCCAACACCAGGCAGCCUGGGAUGUUGCUUGCAUGGUCUCUUUUUAAGUUCUGAGCCGUGGUGUGCAAUGAAUGUGUUUGUAUGUGACAUACUCACAUUUAAUGCAGACUAUGAAUGCUGAUUUCUCCAAAGGUAGCUAUGAAUAAGUUUUGAGAUUCACAUUUGAAGCUGAGCAUAAACCCGCAGAAACCCCUGCCGGUGAACUUUUUUUGGGUUUCCUACAGAAGAGAAGUGAGAAAAGAAAUAAUUCUACUCUGGGGAAAGGCAUAAUUUAGAAGCCGUCAGCAUGUGUAAGAAAACAGACUCUGUGGCUGCUCUAUAAACCCAGACUGGCAGCCAGGGCUCAUUGUUUCCUUUCCUUCCUUCAGCGUUUGUAUAAGGCGAAUGGGGCCAGUGCCCCUCCAGCUCCCCACCGGACAGCUGAGGCUGUGGACUUCAGAAGUGGCUGGCCUGGGGCAAGCCUCCUGCUCGUUUCCCCUGCCUCUGUCUUUCCUGUUCCUUACCCCCUGACCUAUCACCCCUUCCUUUCCUGGAAAUACUGUCCUUCCUGAGAGUGGAACAGGAGUAUUGGAAGGUUCAAGGAUAUUUCAGGAAACCCCAAGUGGGGUAUUUAGCUCUUUCUACCACCUCUUCCACUUCAACACCCAACAACAUUGGUCUACCAUGGGCUUUCGUUUUGACCACUCACCUUCCACUUCCACUUCCACUUCCACUUCCACUAUGCCUGGGUGAGACGCAGGGGUUCUGAUCCAAGGGGUCAUGUUAUCUCUUGUUAUGGCCAGGCCUACCUCCGAGGCAAAGCUGGGGAGGUUAAUUCUCACCCCCAUAUUCUUGAAGUAUUUCUGUGAUGUUCAGUUUAAAAUUAGCGGUGGGAGACCGAGCAGGGGAGACGUUAUGCCUGGGCCCCUGUAGGUCUGAAUCCCUUCAACAGUUGGACAUCUUGUGUAAUUGGUCACCCUGGAUGUGGAGCUUGCUUGGCUCCGCUCCUCAAGGGACAUGCAGGGUAAAGGAUAGUGACCCCUGCUGUCCUGCAGCCUAGUGCUGGCCAGUGGUGUUGGCCACUCAGGAAGUUCUGCGGAGGCCCAGGGGUAUAGUGGCCUUCAGUGACAUUACGGUGGGAAGGAUGUCGGGGAAGAGGGCAGCUUCCCUGCUGAAGAUUCGGUUCCAGUGAGGUUCAGAGGAAAAAAAGGACUAUGAUCUGUGGGCUUUCUCCAAACAUCCAGAUGGAUCCCAGGCAUAAUCCAGCAAGGAAGAUCUGAUUUUGUUUGUCUUCCUCCCCUGUCUCUCUAAAUAAUUUUAUCCUCAAAGCAUGACGCAGGCGUUAAUCAACGCUCUGGCUCUCCUGGGAGGUAGACAAGUGAGAACACCGCCCCCGUUAGUGGAGCCCAGGGAAUAGGUAGGUCCAGGAGCCUCAGGUAUGUGAGCCACAGAGAAACGGAGUGGACCUCAGACCUCGGGGUUUUGUCCUCAGACCUUUACUCGGACAUACCCUAGGUGGCCCUAGGAGCCACCCCUCUAUCUCAGUGUCCUUCUUUCCCAUUAGAAUAAAAAAGCUGAGGCUGUGGAAGGAAAAAUGCUUGGUACUGUGGGAUGAGUAAUGGAAAAUUUGAGAGUUGAAGAGAAAUUCUGGUCAGAUUCACUGUCGUUGUGAAUUUUAGAUGCAGGAUCCUGAUUAUGCCAUUAGUUUCAUUAAUUUACUUGCUUUAAAAAAAUGUGCUGAGCAUCUACUUCUGGGCAAGGUAUUACAAACAGAAUCACUUCUCCUAGAAGUACUGGCUAGCCGCGAGGGAUCCUGCUGGUUGGGAACUUGAUCCUUUGUAUCCCAUGCUUGGUUCAUAAGCAAAAGGUGGUGUGGGGUUUGUUGCCUCUUCAGAUGGUGGUUGCAAGUGCUGGAGGACUCCUGGCAUCUGGAAAUGGGCUGCUGAGAACCAGCCCUAGACCUCUGCUUGAGGGUCCUUCCUCUGAAGACAUCACCAGUGUGUGGAGCCUGCCCCACACCCACCCCCUGCCAAACCACGGCCUUUACCUGUGUCUUCCGGUGUUUCCCGUGCGACCCAUCCUGUGGGAGUGCCUCGUGGGCCGCCCCAGAGUUCACCCCACACUCAGCAGCGCCAAUGGUGAAGAUGACAAGAUCCAAGACUUUCCAGGCAUAUCUGCCCUCUUGCCACCGGACCUACAGCUGCAUUCACUGCAGAGCCCACUUGGCCAAUCAUGAUGAACUUAUUUCCAAGUCGUUCCAAGGAAGUCAAGGACGAGCAUACCUCUUUAACUCAGUAGUUAACGUGGGCUGCGGGCCGGCAGAAGAGCGCGUGUUGCUAACAGGACUGCACGCCGUCGCAGACAUUUACUGUGAAAACUGCAAAACCACUCUGGGCUGGAAAUAUGAACAUGCCUUUGAAAGCAGCCAGAAAUAUAAAGAAGGCAAAUACAUCAUUGAGCUAGCACACAUGAUCAAAGACAAUGGCUGGGACUGAUUGGAGAGCAUCUACCCAACCCAGUGUCCACGUGAAUGCCAUCCAACCGAACAUUCUACCCAAGCGUGAGAGAGUGACUGAACACUUGGUUCCAUCCAUUUAGGGGCCUUGCCAUCUGGGGCAUUCUCCCACCCUGCCACCAUCUUUCUGGUGACCAGCCUCUAAAUUGCUGUCUCUCUGUCUCUUUGCUUUGUAUCUGUUUGUGAGUUGAUCCUGGCUUCUCUCUCUGUUCUAGUGUUGGCUGAAAGCAAAACAACAAAAGGAACAGAUGCCUGUCCGCAUGGCGGCAGCCCACUUUGAUAAAGGGCCCAGGGCCCUUGAAGAGCUGCCUGAUGGCCUCUUGUCAGGAGAACAGUGGCACAGCACAGGGGUGUGAGGAAGAGGGGAACCAGGAGGGUCCCGGGUGGGUAGGGGAUGGGAGGGUAGAGGUAGGAACAAACUUGUGCUGCUCCUGGAGACCUGGGAACUUAGGCUUGAAAUAAUCGACUUGUCUAAAAGGACAAAGAGAAAAAAAAAUACCUCAUGACUGCAUUCUCUCUGAUCAGAAUCUUCUGUUCCUGACACCAAAUGUGCCAGGUUAGCAAAUGAGCACAAGAAGUGGCCCUAGUUCUAGCUGGCGGGGCAGGGACCGGCCUGGUUCCCCUGGGCCGAGCUGGGGGGUGUCCUGGCAGCAAUGAGGGACUCGGGAAAAGCCCACAUGGUUUUGAUGACUCUGAUGCCUCACUGCUCCUCUGGGUAAUCAUCUUUGCCUCUUCAGCCACUGUAGGUGACAGGAGAGGGGACUGCCAUUUGCAAUGGGUGCAAGAUCCAAACGUCCCAAAGGCUUUGACCAGCAACCAAGUAAAAUCAGUGAUUGAGGAUAACAGGGAACAAAGGGGGAUGCAGUUUAGGUGCUCCUGCAGAAAUGGCUCUGAUAUUGGGCCAGAGAAAAUAAAAAGUAGAACCAGUUAGCAGUUCUGACUGACCUUUUUUUCUGAACCUUAGUAAGAGAAGAGCAUUGUGGCAAGGAAGGGAGGGUGGGGCGGGGCAGUGCCGGGAAUAGUUUAGGUUUGAACCAUAACAGGUUAAGUGCAUCUUUCUUCUUUGGUAUGCAGUGGCUUCACUGAGAUCAGCAAUUCUUUGUACGUAGAGUUUUGGGUGUUUUUCUCCAGUUCUAUCAUUGUAGAUCCUGGAAAACAAAGUCCCAAGGCUUCGAGCUUAGUGAUAACCUGGCCGGUAGAUUCCUCAUGCCCCUAGCUGUUCUCUUUUACUUGCAUGUGUUGUGUGGAGACAAAUCUGUCAAUGUGAUCCAGCGAUGGGAAGGCCUCAGAUUUGAUGUCAAACGGCAAGUUAUAAAUUCCAGUAUUACACCCCACUCCCCGCCUCCCCAUCCAAAGUUCAUUAUAUUAGGGAAGUGGAGAACAAAUCCCUGUAAGGCUCUUGAGAGAGAGAGGAGUUUGUUACGUUUAAUCAACACUGUGAAGUCUGUUCUACAGCAAUUUAGCCAGUACACGGUGCAUGACCGAAACUCAUUUAACUGAGUUAAUUUCAUUGCUUAGACUGAAAAUACUAUUAUCGCUAAGAUAUGUGUAGGUUAUGUUAGGUAAUUCUCAGCAUCUCAUUCCCCAAGUAGGCUGAUCCCAUAGGAAAAUUCACCUUAAAAGUCACAAAAGAGCGAGUUCAUGGAGAUGAGAACCUGUAAAAUUCUUAACCAAGAUUAAAGCGGCCAACCCAGGACAUUUUCAGAAUUGAGCCAAAUUCCCAGAGGGGGCGAGUCUGUUGUGGAAAUGCCUUUUUGAGUCUCUGUGUGCUGAUUGUGGAACGAGGGGCUGAGAUGGGUGUGGUCCUGCCCAGCCACACGUUUAGCAGCAGACAGCUUCUGUAAGACAAAGAAGAUUCUUAAAAAUCGAAUUUUGUUCCCGAAGGCUUCUUGCCCACAUCUUUUGGUGCUUUUAGUAGCCUGGGAGGUUAAGUUGUUCUCUCCACGUUACUAAAAAGCAGACUGAGGUUCAGAAGAAGUCUUUUCAUUUCCGAUCCCAGAGAAAUAGUUCCUCUGGCUCCCAGGCCCCAGAUCUCAAUUAAAAAAAAAAAAAAAAAAAAAAAAAUUUCAACUUUCACAUUCCUAAGCUGGCUUGCCAGCAUAGAAAUCAUAGAUUCCCCUCCCCAUCCCUGCUGAAGGGAUAACAAAAUCAUUUCUGUAUUUUUAUUAGCCCCUUGACUCAGGAAACGUCCUGGCUAUUGAUAAUCCUUUCCAUAAAAAGAAGACGGUAUGGGGGGUUGGGGAGGACAUGGGUAGGUGUGUAAAAACGGAGCGUGGUGACAUAGAAACUGGACAUGAGGUCCCCUAGAAUUUUCAAGGGGCAGAGGAGACUGAUGUGCCACUGUGUCUGUGGGGAUGGGGCCUCUGACUCUUACACAGAUCAGAGCAGGCUCCAGUUAGACCCCGGUUCUGGUAUUUUUUUCAAUUACUAUCCAUUGAGCAUCCAAUGGGCGCAUGGCACUGUACUUGGUGCCAGAGAUCUGAGCAGAAUGUUGCAACAGGGGAAGAAAAUCCAACUCAUUAGGCUUUCCCUUGGUGUCAACCAAAAGUACUUCUUAUAACUUUAGCUUCAUUCAUGGCUUGUCUAUCUACCGUCUAUAGUAUUGGAGAGACCGCAGCUGAGCGAUGGAGAUGCAUCAACUCAAGGCCUCAGUCAGUUCAUUUCUUAAUUUCCUCACCAAAUUAUUGACUCAGAGCAUAACCAAAGACCUCAUCCAUUCACCCCUGGGAGGUUAGGGGAAUUGGAGUUCAAUGAUAAAGCUAGGGUGGGGUGCAGGGAGUAGGGAAGGGGAGAAGAAGUGAGAAAGGAAAAGGUAUAAAACCUUUUAUUUAUACUGAGGUUCAGAAGAAGUUUUAUACCUCAGCCAGCAGCUGCCUUCAUUUUCAACCGAAGUCCAACCGGCAGACUCUAGUUCCAUCUCCCCUGUACCUCCCUAGGUCAUAUGGCCUCGGCGGUCCUGGAUUACACCCAGCUUGCCGGGCGGGAUGUUAGUCUCGGGCUGCCGAUGUCCACCGAUCGUCAGCUGGGCCUGCCUGAGUGCUCCCCCGAUUCCCCAGACAGCAGGGUAAAUCUUUACUGGUGGAUCAGUGUGUAAAAGAGAGGUGUCCCCUUGACAAAAAGAUUUUCAAGUGGAUAUAUAAGAAACAGUUGCUUGUGAAAUAUACUUUUGUAAAUAAUAUUUAAUUUUUUAAAUAAUAUAUUUGGUGCUGUUUUCUCAGAUCCCCUGAGAGCACUUUUUAUUUUCAUUUUUAAAUGCUGCGGUUUCCUCUGCAUUUCUUGAAGUAUAUCUUAAGGGAAACAGUGAUCACCAAUAUACUCUUAAAAAAGAAAAAAGAAAAAAAAAGAUCUCCAUCACUUUAGUCUGGACGGAGGCAAUAAAGCAAUGCCUCUCUGCAUUUCUUCCCAAUGGAACAGACUCUGCAGUACAUUACCAAGUCGAGAAUUGAAAUAUUUUCUUGCACCACUAUUGGCUAGAAAAGAAAAUAGAUAAAAUCAAAUAAAUUUAGUAACAAAUUAGAGUGAUUCCUCUUGUUGGAAGAAUUUCCAACAGUUUGGAGUCUCGGAGUCUUGUUCUUGUGUGUGUGUGUGUAAAGCACUUUGGAUUGUGCCUCCUGUUUUCGUUUUUAUUGGGGACACUGUACCUACAGUUUACACCUUGGGCACAUAAGAUUUUUCUUCUCUUUUUCUCUGGUGGUUUUGUUUCUGAGCAGACCAACAGCACAGCCCUCGAGGAUUUUGUUUUCCUGAGCAUGGAGCUGUUGCCUGUUUGCUCCUUUGUCUUUCUUUGUGUGCUCAACUUUUACAGACUGUAAAGGAAAUCUGUUGUUGUGAAGAUCAAGCAGAGUCAAAGCUGUGUUUCUCACUGAGAUGUGAGUGUAUUCAUCAUGAACCCAGGGCUCCAGCUGUUGUGGAAGCCACAUCGUGUUAAACAUUAAACUGGUUUGGGUAGAAAGAACGUCAAUAAAAUAAUACACAUACCCUGGAGGUAAACACCUUUUUUUUUUUUUUUUUUUUUUUUUUAAGGUCAGAUUGCCUCAGGUUCAGUAAGAGGCCGGGAAAUCAAAUCUUGAACACAAUCAUCUUACAUAUUUUAAAAAAAGAGUCUGCUCACAUGAGAAAACAUGCUAGUGGUCUAGUUCAAGGAAAGAGAUAUUUAAUAUUUAAAAAUAAAAUACAGUCGUGAAAUUGGCCAGCAGUGAAAGGUAAAGCCAAGAAGAAACAAGCUGUUCUCAUAUUACCAAAUUCUGUCUGUCCGUGUGUUUUUGUAUAACAUUUUGGUGAAAGUGAGAGUCAGUUCCCUUUUCCAACCUGCAGAGACUAUCUUUCAAUACAGACUCUAUUUAUGCUUGUGUUUACAAACUGCAUUUGUUGGGUUUGGGUUUUGUUUUUCUUUUUUUUUUUUUUAAUUAAAAAAAUUUUUUUUUCAGUGGCAUUUUCAGGUCACUUUGCUUCAAUAACAAAGAUAAUUAUUUUCAAGUAAUUUGUCUUCACCUUUUCCUGUAUUUGUACAUAGUGAUUCAAUAUUAGAGAAAAGUGCAUUGUUUCUGUCAUAUUUCCAAUCUGUGUUGGUGCUCAUUUGAGAAAAUAAAGUUUUCAAAUAUUAAUUCUU